GGCAAAGAAUCUCCCUUUUCUGUUCUCUAGCUUCGAGGAACAACUAUAGCUUGGUGGCUGAGGGGAAGAAUGUACCACUAAAAAGAAGACUUAAAAAUGUGAAGCAAGUAAGAAUCUGGCAUUUUUUCUUGGCUUGCCUUGAUCAUGAAGCAUCUAUCUCCUUUACAACCCCACUUAGCCUUUGGAACCUAACAGCAUUGACACGAAAAGAACCAAAACCCUUCAUGCAAAGGAACCCUUAUAUAAGCCUAUCUCUUUCCCCAAAAUGUAACAGACAACAAGCACUGCUAACCCUUUUCUUCAACAGCUUUUGAUCUUACAGAAAUGGCCGGUCAGCAGUUGAAAUCUGUCGCUGGUUUGCUUUUGGUUCUGAACUUCUGCAUGUAUGUCAUUGUGCUAGGCAUCGGCGGCUGGGCCAUGAAUAGAGCAAUCGACCAUGGUUUCAUUAUUGGUGCUGAUUUUAAUCUUCCUGCGCACUUCUCACCCAUAUACUUCCCAAUGGGGAAUGCUGCCACUGGAUUCUUUGUGACAUUUGCUUUGAUCGCCGGAGUUGUUGGUGUUGCUUCAGCCAUUUCUGGACUCAACCAUCUUCGUUCUUGGACAUCUGAUAGCUUGCCAUCUGCGGUCGCAGCUGCUACCAUUGCCUGGACUCUCACUCUCCUCGCCAUGGGCUUUGCUUGGAAGGAGAUAGAGCUUGACAUCAGGAAUGCCCGCCUGAGGACAAUGGAGGCAUUCUUAAUCAUCCUUUCAGCUACUCAGCUUCUGUAUAUAGCAGCCAUCCAUGGCUCUGUAUCAAGAUGAACUUGGAAGAGUUGAGUGACUUUGGUGCUGGGUGUGCUGUGUCUGCAUUCUUUUGUUUAAUCUCACUCCCUUUUAGUGUUGUGUGUAUGGCGUGAUUAGUAUGUUAAGAUUGUAUUGGAUUGGGUUACGGGUUCAUAGUAAUAGUAAGGGAUGCACAAGAAUACAAUUUACAUUUUCUUUCA